AUGUCUGAAAGAAAAGCUUUCAACAUAAUAAAAACUGUUCCAGUCUUGGGUCAAGCAUAUGGUGCUAUGCGAGGUCUUGUUUAUGCAGCACAAGGUGAUAUACCGGAAGCGAGACAUUCCGUCUCAUUAGAUUUGGCAGAUUUAAAUCCAUUACGAAUGCCAAGAAAUCUUGCAAAUGGUAUUAUUAGUGCAACGAAUGAUUUAGAGCAAGGUGCUUGGAUUGGAAAACGACCCAUUGGUAGAGCAUUUAUUGGUCUUAAUAUUCUUCCUGGAGUUGAUGGUCUUCAUUGGUCUAUUCAGAUUAACGGAGUUAUUUAUCAGUUAGUUCUCGAUAAAAACAAUCAAGUUAAAGUUCUUAUAAGUUCGAAGAACGAAAGAGCUGAAUGGUACGAACGUGAUUGCAAAGAAUAUUCAUGGUAUUUGAUGCAAAAAGAAUUAUCAUAUUUUGAUUCAGAAGAACUCAGAAAUUAUGCGAAAUCAUUUGAAGCUCAGGAGUAUCAAAGAUUCAUCGCAACGGGUGAUAAAAUAAACUGUCAAUCCUUUGUAACCCGUAUUUUUGCAACAGCUGCAAACAUAUCUAUUGAUAAAGCACGGAGUAUUAUUAUCCUUUAUGUGCCGAAUAUCUUAUUCUAA